AUGGCUGAGUCUCUAGCCUCCUGUGAUGCCCCUGGCCCUCGCCGGGAGCAGUCCCAGGGAUCCCAGGACCCACCCAGGUGGAGCAAGAGGCGUGCCCUGUCCUUGUCAGGCCUAGAGGUCCAGCCCUUUCUCAAACUGUGGGGCGAGGAGGAGGCCUUGAAGGAUUCUCAGGCAAAGCGCCUCAAUGAGGACAUUUAUGGCCGGAUGGCCGAGUUCCUGGCAGAGUGCGGACACCCACCCUGGACCUUGGAACAGGUCCAGACCGGGACUGAGGGCCAAGACACACCACCGCAGCCACCCGCCAGAGCCCGGGGGACCCAAAAGCGCACCAGGGUGCACAAGGACCUGUUGCGCCAGAACAUCAGUGUCCUUUGUGACAUCCACCAGACCCUGGAACACAAGGCCCACACAGACUUGGAGUGGUGGGACCGUGCCCAGGAACAGUUGAUACAGCAGCGUGACAACAUGUGUGCCGCCAUGUCCCGCUGCCGGCAAACAUGGGACAGGUUAGUGUGCUGGCCGGAUGCAGAGGUUGGUGAGACUCUUAUAUUGCCCUGCCCGAAGGUCCUCAUCCACUUCCUCAAGGAGCCAGGCCUGGUAAGAAGAAACUGCACAGUGAAAGGCUGGACUGACCCAUUUCCAUCCUACCACAUUGCCUGUCCAAUAAAUGAUGAGAUUCCCAUUGAGGAACAAUCCUAUUUCUCUACUGUAAAGAUCAUCUACACGGUGGGGUACAGCAUCUCCAUCUCCUCCCUCACCCUUGCUGUGACGGUUCUUAUUGCAUUCAGGAGACUCCGCUGCCCCAGAAAUUACAUCCACAUCCAGCUCUUUCUCACCUUCAUCCUGAAAGCGGUCGCCAUUUUCAUUAAGGACGCGGUUCUGUUUUUGGAGGAUGACAUUGACCAUUGCAGCUUCUCUACGACUGAAUGCAAGAUAUCGGUGGUUUUCUGUCACUAUUUUAUGAUGACUAAUUUCAUGUGGCUGCUGGUAGAGGCUCUUUAUCUGAACUGUCUGCUGUUAUCAUCCUUUCCUCAUGGAAGACGGUAUUUUUGGUGGCUUGUUCUCUUUGGAUGGGGUUUCCCAACAUUUUUUACUGUGGUGUGGAUAUUCACAAAGCUAUAUUUCGAAGACACUGCAUGCUGGGAUAUUAACCAGGGCUCGCCUUACUGGUGGCUAAUCAAAGGACCUAUUAUCAUUUCUGUUGGGGUCAACUUUAUCCUUUUUAUCAACAUCGUCAGAAUCUUGCUAAAAAAGCUGGACCCGAGACAAAUCAACUUCAAUAAUUCAUGUCAGUACAGACGGCUUUCAAAAUCGACGCUGCUUCUCAUUCCAUUAUUUGGGACACAUUAUAUUGUCUUCAACUUUCUCCCUGAAUACAUCAACCUGGGACUGCGGCUGUAUUUAGAGCUCUGUAUUGGAUCUUUCCAGGGAUUUAUUGUAGCCGUUUUGUACUGUUUCCUUAAUCAAGAGGUGCAAGCAGAGAUUGGCCGAAGAUGGCACGGGAAGAGCUAUGGAUUUAUGCCAGUGUGGAGGAAAAGGACUAGGUGGACCAUGCCAUCUAGUUCUGGGAUGAAAAUCACUACCUCGGUGUGUUAGGGAUGGAGAGCUACCAGACUGGCAGCAAUGGUGUGUAGGAGCCUGAAUGUGAUUUAGGAAACUGAAUGUAAAUCAUCUGACUGUAACUUAAAAUGCCAGAGUGAAUUAGAGAAGUCUAAUCUAGUCCCAUAGAAAUUCCAGCCACAGACCUCUAUAGAAUGUAACAAGCAUUACAGCAUUCGAUCAAACACUGAUUGGCUGUUCAUCUCAUCGUUUUCAUGUGUUUCGUAUUCAGCACAGCAACAGCACCAUAGCAACAACUUCCUCUACUUUCACCCAGGUUUUGGACUGUUUUUUCAUAGACUACACAUCAAAGCACAUCAACUGGAAGGUCACCACAUGUAUCCGAAAGUGACACGGUAAAAGUGCCAGUUCUGGAAUGCAUUACCACCCUCUUGGGAACUGGGCUGAAACUGCUGAAUGAGUAGACUAGCAAGCAAGAAACAGAAUGCUUCUUGAGAUUACAGCACAAUGUUAUCAGUCUCCUCAUAAGCAUGGAGAUUCAUAGUUGAAGCUAAACCCAAGUGUAGAAUGGACUCUCAAUAUUGUGCAAAAGGUGUUUCACAAAGUAUGGUCCCUGGACUACCAGUGAGGUAGAGAGUCUAUCUUGGUAGCCUACAGGUGACAUGUCUGAGAAUUAACUAGUAGGAAUCUGAGCUGUUGGAGGAAGAAAAUCCCAUGGGGGUGGGGGGUAAAAGAAAUUGAGCUAAGUAACUAAAACAAGAAGGGAAACCAAUAAAGCUGCUCUUUGGAGAAAGAGAAUAUGCUUGUGGGGCUACUGGUAAAUUUUAACUUGAGAAGGAAAGACAAGUAGAAAUAAACAGCAAGUAAAAAUGGAUUUGAUGCCCUAGAAAAACAAAGGGAGAAUGAAUUAGUAAGAAGGAGAGGCUAGAGGUGGUCAGGAAAUUACUGUUUUUCCCUGUGAAUUUUUUUGAGGAAAAAUAAAAGAAAUAUUCAAUUGCCAUUUUUUUCUUGCUUUUUCAGGCUUUUGUAAAAAAAAAUCCUUUUUUGCCAGUUGUUUGGAAAACAAAUUCAUGUUUGACAA